AUGCAGUCGGCUCCCUCUGGCUCGCGACGCAGCCUCGGCUUGGGCGGUCCUUCAGACCUAACCGCCAAACGCAAAUCGCUCCAUCGUACAUCGUCGCAGCCACGAACACCGCCCACACGCAUCGUCGUGGCCGAAGGAGGAAGCGAAUUUGUCCUCGAGACUCCACCCCAGCGACCUUCCGCUUCGACCUCGAGCCAAGCGGUUACCAGAACCGGCAUUGCCAGUGAGCAGCUCCGCGCCACAUCGGCUUCCCAUGCUCCAACUUGGACGCAGUCCUCGGCCGCUCCUUGCACCCUCUCAACCUCCCUGACGCCGCCUAGAAGUAAACCGGUAGAUCGACCCUACCGCCCUCCACCCUCCAGUAGCGCGCGCUUCUACGAGCGACAGCAGCAGCUAUGGCAGCUACAACACGCUGCGCCAGGAGAGCCAUCCAAUCAGCUCUACAUGCCUUCCAGCUCGUACCUGCCAUCCAUUCCCGGUGUCAGACACUCGCCGACGGAGCCAGCCAUCUCCUCUAAUUCGCUGUCGUCGCACCUCCUCCAACCCGGUCCGUCGAAUCAGCAUCAUGCGAGGUACACUGAGAGCGUCCCGCAUUCGAACCAAGCAUGGUCUGCAGCAGCUAGCUCGGUCUCUUCUCGGACGAGGUCUUACAGUAUUGGGGGCGUCGGCGCAUCGGACGACAGCAUUUACCAGACCCGUGCCCGUGCUGGAAGCGAUGCGAGCAGCUUCACAAGAAGCCGCAUCUCAAACGGCUACAUGUCUCAGACAGACGAGGAAUCCCACGACGAACCAACUCGUCGCACCGGCCCGACGUACUCUUUUCUCGAUGCCCCGUUCACGCGGACGGAACCACCCUCCAGGCGCGUUCCGCUCGCUGUUGCUCCGACGUUGAGCGACCUGGGUGAUACCAACGAUGUCGACUGGGAUACAGAGCUUGGCAUAUCCGCUGACAGUCCCACGGAUCCUCUGCGCUUGCCGCUUCCGCCCCUCUCUCAUCGCCUCGCGCUUGCACCUGCCGAUGUGGAUACGCACACUCCUGCGCCCGACCACGAGACUGUGAACAGUCAGAUCGUCGUCAGCAGCGUGGCCGCUCCAAUGACAUCCGACUCGUCCCUCAAAAGCCCGCUUUCAGUCGAUCUCAAGGGCAUCCGAGUCACUUCGAACGUUAGCGAGAACUGGGACGACGACUUUCUCUUUCAGAAUGACGAGGAUCCCGCCGAGGAUGCGAACAAGCGGAAUACCACUCGCUCAAGCGCAGAUGCAGCCCGCGUCUCAGGCUCUGGCGCACGAGACAAGCCUGCGCUUCAUCGAGUCACCCAAGACCACCCAGAGUCCGAUGAUGACGAAGAUGUCGAGAAUUGGGACGAUGCCUUUGCUUGGAAUGCAGAGCCAUCCCUUACUCCCUCUUCCUCCAACUCUUCGUCUAUUGCGAACUUGCGGCAGUAUCCAGCGCUGGCGUUGGCGCUAACCGGCACGAGCAGCCAGAUUCUCCGUGGGAAUGCGACGUCUUCAUCCGAGGCGCCGACAAAGGGCCCGGCAAAGCCGCAAAAGCGAUGGUCAGACUCAUCGUCCGCCAGUGAUGUCACCAAUCUCUCGUUGCGCCUCGCAGCGCAGUCCGAUGUCGAUUCUUUCGACUCGCGCGCUUCGUGCGACAGCGGUCGCCAUCACGCCUCGGCAUCGCAGCCCAAGGCCACUCGACCGAGCGCUUUGAAAUUGGCCAGCACCCCUCGCUCGGCAAACCUUGACUUGAAUCAUGGUAGUGAUGCCAGCGGCGACGAUACCGAGACAGAGACGCCGUCCAGAGACUUAGAUUCCAGUCUCAUUUCUCCAGUCUCCCGGCAGAGCCGACCCGCAAGGCGUUCGCUCGGCGCAGCACUUGGCUUCAAGACCCAAGUUCGACCGCCAACGCGAGAGGCUGAUGUCAAGUCGCCAAUAACACCUCACACGGCUGAUGAGGACAGCUUCGACUCCACUGCGAUCAAAGCGCACAAGCGAACGUCCUCUCGGCCCAAGCUUGGUGCUCUGCAACGCUUGAGCCUGUCACGCUCUCGCGUCAGCGUGGCAGACACUGGAAAUGCCAGCAUCGAUGACAUUCCUUCGGCAAUCCAGCCUGCACAGCACAUGUACAUGGACGCGGCCAAUCUCAGCCAGGCAUCCUUGAUCAGCCAGAAGUCGGCAUCGUCGGCUCGAUCAUCGCGAUCGGCCAGCGUUUCAAGUCUAGCGAAGAGCUACGCCGCGAUGCGAUCCUCGAGUUUCCGACGUCUACUCGGUCGCGGCACUCCGAACAAGUCUGCGACUUUGGCCGAAUCCGAGGCGGUUCUUCCACCGCCUGCUUCGCCUUCUCGCUUCAAGUCCGAGAACCGCAUGCAAUCCGAGCUUCAAGCUGAAUCGCCGGCAGAUCGCCCCAUCGGCUCAGCCGAAUCCAAAGCCAAGUCGCCGCCGUCGAAUUGGCUCGGAAUGCGUCGCUCGAGCGAGGUCACGCCAACUCGGCCCAGGGUCCGAGACGUUCGCAGGAGCAGCGACGGCCGCGAUCCGACAUCUCCAGGUCGGACCUCCGAGGCCGCACACUCGAAUUUGGCCAGUCGACCUUCUUCGUCGAGGCACGCUCGUCCAAUCGUUCCCGAUGCCGGCCAGGCAGCGCAGACUAGGACGUCCUCGGAUGCUUCCUAUGCCGGUCUCCACCGCGACUUUUCGAGCUCCAACACCUUGCGAGCCGAUUCUGGGCAGCACGACGCACAGCCUCUGCUUGCCUUUGUCGAGCCCUGGGCCCGCGCGGACGCGACUGGAGGUGCUUCAUCUCGCACUUCUGCAGCCGCUUCGGACGGAUCCGCGACGUUCCUCUACUCUAAGCAGGGUGAGAGCAUGUCUCGGGGCAUCGGCGACUCCGCAUCGGCAAGCCGAUCGGUUUCCGCGUCCACCGCCUACAGCCACACAAGCGCCGAGUCGCUGUAUGGGUACCGCAUGAAGAGUCAAGUUUCAGCCUCCAGUGGCGCCGAUGCACCAGACUCGGAGACCUCGUAUGGAACCAGCGUCGGCAGCUCUCCAGGACUCUCGCAGCUCUCGUCGUCGGGCUGGCUGUCCCACGCCAAGUAUGGCACGGUCGCCUCAGCGGACACCAGGACCACCUCGUGGUCGCAGUCUCAUGAUCGGUAUCACUUCUCGCACGGGAAGGAAGAUGACGAUAGCAGCUGCGCUGUCAGCAGUGUGCAGGCGUCUCCCGGUAGUCUGACCAAGACGCUCGAGGGAACACCGCCGCGAGCUGCUCGUGGCACGCGUUUGCUCUCGGCUCCUGACACGGACACCUCGCCUCCAGUGCGUGCCGCAUCUUGGAGCACGGAUACCUCUCUGGGCAAAUCGGCAAUCACACCGUCUCACACCGCAGCCUCGCGCGGUGUGCAGCAAGUGUCCACGGCUCAGGCAGCUUCGAGCGCGGAUGGGAGCGCAGCAAUUUCGCCAACGGAAAGCGCAGCCUUCUCCACCGUCGGCUCAACCCGUCCUCGGAACGCUGCUCGCCGCAACAGCUUGAGCGAUCUCAAGAUCCCAAGCCGCAUCAGCAAGGCGCAGACCGGCAUCCGUAACAACAUCAACCUGGUACGCGACUUUGCCAAGGGCAUCGAAGAGCUCAAAGCGCUCAAGACGAGCUACCUCGACCGCAGAGAGCACUCGGCUCCGAUGGCUCUGGGUGCCGAGGAUGGCGUGCAGAACUGGCUUGAAUGUGCCGACGUGCUCAUCGACCUAGGUCAGGGCAGGUCCGACGCAGAUUCGGCCGCUCACGUUGACACGCUCACUCAUACUCCGCUUUCGGUGCGGGUCGACAGCCGUCGCACGACGUUUUCGGAUGCUUCUAGCUUCCUCGGUCCACGGUCUCCGCUGGAAGAUUCAGGCUCGCGCAAAUCUUCUAUUUCGGGUGCCUCGGGCUAUCGUAGCACUAGCGGUGCGAGCCAGGCAGCCUUAUCGAUGGCAUCAUCCGCAGACGCUGGCCGUAACGUCGACGUGCAAAGGGAGAUUGACAUCCUGUCGGCGAUCCUGGGCGGAACAAAGAUCGCAUCUCCUCCCAGGGUGGAGGCUAGGUCACACGGCCGCUUCAAGUCGGAAACAUAUGCGCGGAGCGGACACGGACAUCCAAGCAACCAGGGCUCGGGCAAAGCAGCCGCCACUGCUCCUUCCGCAGAUCUCAAGACUGGUCGAUCCGACUCCGCACCACAAGACGAAGACGAGCGAAACCAGCGAGGCUUGAAGGAUGACGGAAGCCAGCGGCCAAAGACGCAGAUGUUCAACACUGCUCCUGCCAGCAGCGACCCGAACAGCAGUCUCGAGCUGGGCUUGAACCUCGACGGCGUCGAUGUUGGCGAUGCCAACCGCAGUGCGAAACGGCGAAUUCGGAGUGCCAGCCGUGCUGGUCUGCAAGGUCUCAGGGAGCUGCUCAAAGUGUUCAAGAAUGCCGGCCCCAUCGAAGGCGUCUCAACCCCUCCGAGCAAGCUGGAGGCGGUGUCGCUUGCAGACGAGUCGAAUGGCGAGGCGUUGCAGUCGAUCGUUGCAAGCGCAGGCACGCCCACGACGACCAAGCAGAAGCGCCGAUCGCUGACUCUCAAACGGCGCUCGUUCCUGCGUUCAAAGCCGUCGCUUGAAGUCAUCCGAGCCAAGUCGGACGUGGGAGGCGAAGCAGAUGAGGCGCCGCCGAUGCCCUCGGGGGCAGAUGGUGCCCACGUUGGUUGUUCGACGGCGCAAGAACAGUCGCCAUCCCGGCGCGACACGCGCAGCAAUGCCGCAUCUUCAACGACGACGGCGAUCACAACUUCAUCGUCGAAAGCUUCGCGGCGGGUGUCGUUGCAGUCGUCGCGGAGCACGACGCAGCGACGUUCUGUUGAUGGCGUGCAGACCGGACAGAGUGGCUCGAGGCCACCAUCGGCUCUGCGGCACAGGAGCGACUCGAAGAGCGCGAAGCGAGGAGAAGGAGGCGUAACGGGCCAAGAUCGCCCUGGCGCAACAAAGCUGCGUCCCCCGGAUGACGUCGGACAAACGGUGGAUCCACGACGAGCAAGCACGUCGGUGGACGCGGGACCGCAGCGACCCGAGCAGCCGGUCCGGUCGCACAGCGCGCUCGAGUCGCCUACGUUCGCGACGCCCAUGGUGCCGAAGCUUGCGCUGAGACCCGAGGCGAUGCCUGGCCUGCUGGUGUACGUGCAGGCGACCAAACAGCACCUCCAGGCGGCCAUCGAUCAGCUCGGCCCGCCCAUCUCGUCGGAUCGGUGA